AAAGAGAAGAAAAAAGAGACGGAAAAAGAAACGAGAAGGAAAAAACAAAGAUCCUCAACCUCCACCUAUCUUCCAUUUCCGUUUCAGUUGCAGCCUCUACUCUCUCUCUCUCUCCCGUUCCCUCACUUUCUCUCAUUUAGCAAAAUCCUUUUCAAUCUCUCUUUGCUCUGAAAAUUAGGGCAGAUCAAUUUCUCGGAUCUUGGAGACUAUUCGCUCAAUGGAAGUUCUUUGCACCUGAUUCUUUCAUUUUGUUUUUGAUGAUUUACUUGCUGAUUGAUGCUUCUCCUUGAUACUCUGCUUCGGGCACCGACACUUACAUGGACUCGAUAUGGAGCCACAAUGGCGCCCCGCACCCGUGCCAUUUCGUCGUCGCUGUCUUCUUUGCUCUCGGCUUCGUCGUCGCCAGGUUCUCCCUUGACAGGUUCAUCUUUCGCAGGUUGGCCAUCCGGUUGUUGAGUAAUGGAACUGUUCCAUUGAAGAUUGAUGAAGCAACACGAGCAAAGGUUGUAAAAUGCUCGGAGUCAAUGUGGAAACUAACAUACUAUGCAGCUGUUGAAGCAUGUAUUCUCAAAAUUACAUACAACGAACCAUGGGUCAUGGAUAGAAAAGGAUAUUUUAGAGGCUGGCCAUAUCAAGAGCUGCUUCUUCCCUUGAAGCUUUUCUACAUGUGCCAAUGUGGAUUCUACAUCUACAGCAUUGCUGCCCUCCUUACAUGGGAGACUCGAAGGAAGGAUUUCUCAGUAAUGAUGUCCCAUCAUGUAAUUACCGUUGCCUUGAUUGGGUACUCAUAUAUUACAAGUUUUUUUCGAAUUGGAUCAGUUAUUCUUGCCCUGCACGAUGCAAGUGAUAUAUUCAUGGAAGCUGCUAAAGUUUUUAAAUACUCUGAGAAGGAGCUUGCUGCAAGUCUCUUUUUUGGAUUCUUUGCCGUUUCAUGGCUCAUUCUGCGGCUAGCAUUCUUCCCUCUUUGGGUUAUAAAAGCAUCAAGCUACGAUCUUUGUGAGUUCUUGAAGUUAUCAGCGGCCUAUCCAACAUUACUGUACUAUGUUUUCAAUACAAUGUUGCUGAUGCUACUCGUGUUUCACAUAUACUGGUGGGUACUCAUAUGCUCAAUGAUCCAGAGACAGUUGAAAAACAGAGGAAAGGUUGGAGAAGAUAUAAGAUCUGAUUCAGAGGACGAGGAAUAAUAGGUGGAAGGUUUUUGUUCAAGUUUUGAUGCUCUCACUGAUGAUUUCUGUGUUUGUUGGUUUGCAUCUGAUAUCAAGUGGUCGUCACCAAUUGUAAAAUUUUGGAGGGGGUGGAAACUUUCUUUGAUUUUGAUCCUUUUUUGGGUAUAAUAGAUGAGGAUGAGGAUGAGGAGCUAGGACUGUUAAGCAUUUCUUUUCCUGAUUGAUAUCUUUCAGGUGUAUACACAAUAGGAAAUUCCUGUAUAAUUGUUCCUUUUCUUCUUUUUAAUUUAAUUUUUUGUCUUGUGGAUAAAUUUUUGUUCUGACUACUAGAAAGACCAUAUUAGGAUAAAUGACGAAGAUCCCAGAAGCAGAUUAUGUUACUACUACUACCUAUGAUCUUUAGUGAAACCCAAUUUUAGUGAUUUGGAGAUACUUUGAAAGUGUGCAAAAUGAUAUCCUAUCUGAUUUUUUUUGGGCUU